GUCGAGGCGCUGGCGUCGCGGCUCUGGCGUCGCAGUCGACGAAGCGUCGCAGUGCCGGCAAUGAUGCGGUGCAGAAUGGGGCGAUGUGAAGAGUGACCAUGAGAGUAUGGGGCUGGAUGGGGCCGCUGGGACCUCUGCUCCUAUUCGGCGGAGGACUCCUUCUGCUCUCCACCACGACACAAGCCCAGAACUCGACGCAGAAAGCCAACAACAGCAGCAGCAGAAAUGAGUCCGUAAGUAGAGGAUCGAAGAAGCUCUUCGGGGACAAAUGCAACGCCACCGAGGAGUGCGAUUUUUCGGGGUCCGUUUGCGAUAAAUUGCACGGAUGCACGUGCAACGAGGACAACCCCAUCAGCAAUCAUCUGGACAAAUGCGGAAAAAGUGCGAAAGUGAACGAGACGUGCACGUUCAACGAGCAAUGCGAAUCGGAGACUCUGCAGACGGAAUGCCGGGACGGGACGUGCGUCUGUAUGUUCGAGCAGCAGGCCAUCACCAAGUCGGACGGUACACACGAAUGCAUCUCGGUGAAGAACGAGGUGACUCCGGAGAGAUACGUGGACCCUGCGAUGAUCGGCAUUCUGGUCGCGAUGUUCCUCAUGUUCAUCACGAUCUGCGUGGUCCUCAGACUCUUCAGCAGGUAAAGAAUUCGGUGAAUUUCAUUAUAUCGAUUCCAAUUCCAGAGUCAGUCGAUUCUCUUCAUCCUCUUGAAUUAAUUAAUUAAUCCUGCAACAA